AUGUUAUCGGAUAUAGAGCGUGCGUUUUUGCAAAUAUCGCUAAAUGAAUUUGAUAGAGAUGUGGUUCGGUUCCUUUUUGUGAAACAUGAUCCUAAUAAGAAUGACAAUGUAGAAGUAGUAGUUUAUCGUUUUUUACGUCUGACAUUCGGAAUAAAUGUGAGCCCUUUUUUGUUGUCUGCAACCAUUAAAGAACACAUCAAAAAGUACGAAGAAGCCUAUCCCGUUACUACUGAAGUACUCAAUAUCUGUUUUUACGUUGAUGACCUUGUUACUGGUGCAGACAGUAUAAAUGAUGCUUUAAAAAUUUCUAUUGAAGCAAAUAACAUAAUGAAAAAAGCUAGUAUGAAUCUACGCAAAUUGAUUUCGAAUGAUGAAGUGUUGAUGAAAAUGUGGGAAGAACGAGAAUUUAAUAUAUUACCGAGUGAUUUCGUAAAUAACUGUAACGAACCAUGUAAGGUUCUCGGACUGCCGUGGGACAUUAAGGAAGAUACUUUCGCUAUAGAAGUAAAGGAUUUGCUUGAAUUUAUCAAGACCGGAAAGAAUACAAAACGAUUUGUGUUGCAAGUAGCUGGUAGAAUAUUCGAUCCUCUAGGAUUUGUGACACCAUACACCAUCAGAAUUAAGUGCCUGUUUCAAGAAUUAUGGAUUCGAAAAAUUUCCUGGGACGCUGAGCUGCCAGAUGACAUUUUAAAAAUCUGGAAUCGCUGGUGCUUUGAACUUCCUACAUUGUUAAAACUCCAAAUUCCCAGAAACGUCCUUGAUUGUGCAGAACUUUCAAGUUGUGACAUAGAAUUGCAUACCUUUUCGGACGCCAGUCCUAAAGCUUACGGUGCCAUAGUGUUUGUACUGAUACGAUCUGAUGACAAAGUAAUUAUGAACUUUCUUACAUCUAAAAGCCGCGUGGCUCCGUUAAAGAAUACUCUUCCACUAAUGGAGUUGCUAGGAGCUUUACCUGCUGCUAGAUUAGCAAAUGAAGUUGCAAAUGUGUUGAAGCGGAAAAUAUCCCCUCCUAUGUACUUUUGGACAGAUUCUCAAAUAGCACUAUACUGGAUAAGAGGUUCAGCUUUGAAGUGGAAAACCUUCGUCUGCAACCGUGUGAAGGGAAUUCAGGAACUUACAGACCCCGAUAAAUGGUUUAUUUAUAAUUGUAAAAAUCCAAAGUCCAAGAAAAUAGGUCCUUUGUCUAUUGAUGAAUCUGCUAAUGCAGAAAAUUGGUUAAUACGUUCUCUCCAGGAAGUACUAAAGCAAUACACCUGGACUUUGUAA